GUCGAUGGAUAUUUGCCAUUGAGAAGUAAUUCUAACCGAUCACGAUUUCACCAAAAAAGAACUCAUCAUUUACAUCUUCCUCAUACUUUACUAAAUACUUUUUACUAGAAAUUGUAUCCAUUGGAAAUAUUUCAAUAUAACGACAGACAAUAACAGUGUCAUUUCACACAACACAACACAGCAAAAUGUUCGCUCAUAUAAUUUAGUGAAAAGUAUUGUUAAAAGUACAGCUAUAAAAAUGAUGCGAGAAUGCAAAGCUUACAGCGAUACUACGCGGAAUUAUUAUCGAUACUACGAUACGCCAGACGGUUGCAACAUAGAUCAAAAAGUGAUAGUAACCACACGUUACGGCUUCAUAACAGGCAUGAUAUUCGGAGCCUACGACGUCAUGAUGUAUUCCCACGCAGUUGGCUUCUCAAACAUGGCGAAACGCUAUAUGAAGCACGUGGUACCGCUGAGCCUGAUGGGCGCGACCUUCUCACUGGUCGCCAACGGUUUGCUGCGGUACCGAGAGAAAGACGAUCGAAUUAACUAUUUUCUAGGUGGGUUCGCUUGCGGUCCUCUGGCAGCCGCGUACCUGGGCUCGGGCCACGCUGUGUUGCUCGGCGGGCUUGCGCUCGGCAUCGUCGGCAUGAUCAAGAAAGAUGCAAUAGACAACUGCGUCCUGCUCAUACCAGACUCGAAGCCACACCUGGGCACGUGCAGGAGCUGGAGGAGCGACUACACUCUGAUCAGGGAUCCUAGAGAUGAUAUGCGUCACACUUGUGAUGAAGCCAAGUGAUUGAUUGUUAUGAUUUUGUAUUUAUUCUAAUGUUGCAUUAAAAAUAAACGGUUGUUAAUCUAA